UCAACUCGCCUUCAGAUGAAACCUUAUUUGGCUAGCUAAUCUGAGGAAGUUCAAAACUUCACCGGUCGCGUUGAGAGCAGGAUAAGGCAGAAGCUGCAAUAGUCAAUACAGUUUUUUUUAUGUAUACAUAUAGCUUUACACUGCAUUAAAAUUCAGCUUGUAGCGGCGAAAAAAAGUCAUCAGUCGGAACUUUUCUUAUUUGCUCGCAGGUGCCUUUGGGAGGAUUGCUGGAAGUCAAUCAGUUGGGGAGCUGUCUUCACAGUGCUCACUUUGAGCUUCAAUCCAGAGAGGUACAAUGUACGGGCUGCUGUGCGAGAGUCUUCACGACUUCAUCAAGGAGUCGUACGGAGAUGAUGUGUGGAAGCUGGUCAGAGAGAGAGCAGAUGUCAGGUUACACUCCUUUGUCACCCACCAGGUGUAUAGCGAGAGUGUAAUUCCCCGUAUUGCAAAGGCAGCCAGUGGAGUGACAGGCACACCCUACAACGAGCUGAUGAACUCCUGGGGUGUCUACUUCCUGGGCUUUGUCGGGAAGUACGGCUAUGACAGGAUCCUCAAGGUGUUGGGCCGUCAUGUUCGUGACUUUGUCAAUGGCCUUGACAACCUCCAUGAAUACCUGCGCUUCAGCUACCCCAAGGUGCAGCCCCCCACCUUCUUCUGCCAGGAGGAGUCUGCCACUGGGGUCACCCUCCACUACAGGAGCAAGCGUAAAGGCUACCUGCACUAUGCCAUGGGUCAGCUGAGGCAGAUGGGGAAACAGUUCUAUGACUGCGACAUCCAUGUGGAGGUGUUGUCUGAGCAGAUGGUCGGAGACUACUCCCAUGUCACCAUGAGGCUAAACUUUGACAACUCAGCCUACCGCUACAUCAUGAAGGAGGAUGAGGAAGAGCAGGAGAUUCUGCCCAUUACUUCAGACUUCUUCUUUGAGGUCUUCCCCUUUAAUGUUGUCUUCCGAAAGGACAUGGUGGUGCACAACGUGGGCUCAGGCCUGUCUACAGUUUUCCCGGAUCUGGAUGGGAAGAAGAUCAAUGAUGCCUUCUUGCUGGCUCGCCCCCUAGUGGAGUUCACCUGGAACAUGAUCAUCUCCCACCCCAAUAACCUGUUUGAGAUCAUGUCCAAGGAGCCUGUGAAAAGAGAGAGGAACCUUCACAACCGAGUCCAGAAUUCUGACUAUGAAAAUGCCAAUCGCUCUGCUGACGUAGAUGUGGAGCUCAUGGCUUUCCAGUCCAUCAUUGGAGACGAUUACAAAGACGGCAACAGUGCUAAUGCGAUGGAGAGCUGGGGCGAUGGGAGCCGCUGCUUGAAACUAAAAGGACAAAUGAGAUACAUGCCAGAGUGGGAGUCCAUCAUCUUCCUGGGAACUCCUGUGAUGGAGAGUCUGAGUGCAAUGUUCAAGACCGGCCUGUACAUCAAUGACCUGAGCAUGCACGACUCCAGCAGAGACCUGGUUUUGGCGGGGACCCAGCAGUCCGAGGAGCUGAAGAGAGCUCUCAUACAGGAGCAAAAGAAGUCCAGUAAGCUGGAGGAGAGCAUGAAGAUGUUGGACUACGAGAUGAAGAAGACUGACGACCUUCUGUACAGGAUGAUUCCCAAGCCAGUGGCUAAACGGCUACGCAAAGGAGAGCCCGCCGUGAACACGUGUGAGGUGUUCCCAGAUGUGACCAUUCUCUUCAGCGAUGUCGUGGGGUUUACUCGCAUUUGCAGCCACAUCACACCGAUGCAGGUGGUCUCCAUGCUCAACACCAUGUACACGCUGUUUGACACGCUCAGCGAGAAGCACCGCGUCUUCAAGGUUGAGACUAUUGGAGAUGCCUACAUGGUGGUUGCUGGCACUCCUGAGAAGACUAAGUACCACGCACAUAACAUUUGCGACAUGGCCCUGGACAUGGUGCGCUCCAUCGAUCACCUGAAAGAUCCCUCCAAUGGCAACAACAUACAGAUCCGUAUUGGGAUCCACUCCGGCAUGGUUGUGGCAGGAGUGGUGGGACAUAAGAUGCCACGUUACGGCCUGCACGGCGACACAGUCCACACCGCAUCUGCCAUGGAGAGCAACGGCAAGGAGAUGCAUAUUCAGCUCAGCAGCGCCACCUAUGAGCACCUGAAGGGAAGUCACUUCAUUUUCGAAAGGAGGGGGAUCAUCACCAUCAAGGGGAAUGUUGAAAUUGAGACUUAUUGGCUGAAAGGAAAGAGGGACAAGGACGGGAAUGCCCAGGCCGCGUGUCCUCAGUUUGAGACGAGGACCAUCAGCAAGGCCCUCAGCAAGGCCACCAUCUCAGCUCCCGAGGCCAAAGGAGACGAGGGGGGACUGGUCUUUCCUCUGGUUGCGGGGGAGGACGAGGACGAUGUCAAGUCGAUCCGUUCUCAUCGUAUCAAGAUGGCGAUUUCAGGCCAUUCUCUUGAGGAGUCGAUGGAGGACCGCCGGGUGGAGGAGAUGUCAGUUCAUAAGGAUGCUUUGCAGGAUGGCCUCCUGGACUCUCACCUGGUACUGGACUCACCUGAGUGUGACGUCAGAGACUCCAUCAUGGAGUCCCCAGACUCCUGUGACUCCCGCUGCUCCAAGAGUGCCAUGUGCUCCAUGUCAUGAUCUCGACAUGGUAACGACGCUAUGGCCAGUAAUUCAUAUGUAUUACUGUUUCUAAAGCACUUUUUGUACUUUUUCCACUCAAAGCACAGAAGUUUAGGACAAAUGCCAGAUAGGAAUCCAGUUUUUGCAGUUAUUUUGCCUUUUUGGAGGCGUUGUUUUUUGCAGUGGUGCCAUGGCAAUCUCUACUGGUAUGUUGAUUGCACAUGGACAUAGAAUGUAAUGCUUGAAAUCUCUAGCGGCUGUGUUGUGGUGUUACACUGCACAGAAAAACCAUCAGGGCGUAUUUAGCUCUGACAACACAGAAAUAAAUCACAGACAUCAGUGUUAAUUUAGCACUUUGAUUGUUUCGAGCAGCUGCCUCAGAGCUCUACCAGUCCCACGAGUACACGGACACUUCUCCAAUUAAUACCUCACAUCCGUCACCUCAAGGCAAUUUGCCACUGAAAAGUGUUCACUGCCAUAUGGUUCAUCUGGACACAAGCUCGGUAAUGUCCUGCUCUGUUUGUUCUGCUGUAGCUUGGAGAUUUGACAUCUUGUUUCAUCCUGUGAGAAAAGAAAUCCCUCUUGACUCUCUCCUCCUUCCCUGCCCCUCCUGCCUCCUUCAACUUCCACAUCUGAAUUAAUUAUUCUAUAUCAGUCUCGUCAAAUACACAGCCACGGCACAAUGUAAACGCUCGUCAGCUCAGUGAAAAUAAAGAGAGAUGAAUGCUGA